AUUGGAUAUUGGAAUAAAGACGCGCAUUCGUUAACUGUUUGCGUUCCAGAAUGGUUUAUGACGAAUAUAAUUUUUAUGUGACGACGGAUCAAUACUAUUUACGCGCAUGUGGCUGCAACGAUAUAAUAGUUAUCGACCGAGUUUCGCAAGAACUCAGAAUUGAAUUCGACAACCCAGUUAUUCCAACAUUUGCCAAGGCACACACAAUUUAUGGAAUAUGGGGUGUCAUUCGUCUAGUUUCAGGUAAGGGUUCUUUAAACACAUUCAGUCAGGCUUUACAUUUUGGUAAUUACUGAACGCGAAAGGGUCGGUGAAAUAUUUGGACACACAAUCUGGAAAAUAACUAAAAGCGCCAUCUACCCUUUUGCUCGGUCACUACUUCAUCUAACAGACUUUCAGGUAGACUAGCCAUAAUUCGCAUGUACAUGAAAAAUGAUACAUGUGUAUCAUUUUUUUCGAUUUUAGAACCAGGACGAAUCGCUGUACUGUCAAAUGUUAGGUAGUAUUCUAUCUACUGAAGGAUUCUAUUACUCAACCUCAUAUGAUUUGAGUCACACUCUGCAGCGCCUAUCAGAUACUAGUCCGGAAUUCAGGACACGUAGUAUAUAUGAACGUGCAGAUGUGCGCUUUACAUGGAAUAAGUCACUGCUAAGCGAAUGGGAAAGCUUGCUGAAUUCUGCAGCGUCACACAAACCUAAACAGACAACCAGUUGGAAUCGACUGGAUUAUUGUGUACCUAUCAUACAAGGAUACGUUGGGAUAAUAGCUUAUCCCGAAAACCUUUCUAAUAUACCAAACGGAAAUCCUAAGUAUUCACUCAUCUCACGACGUAGUGUCUACCGCACAGGAACGAGAUUUAACACACGUGGAAUUGAUGAAUCCGGCAACUGUGCAAAUACCGUGGAGACAGAACAACUAGUUGAAAUCUCAGGGCAUAGAUUCUCGUUUGUCCAGCUUCGUGGUUCUGUACCAAUAUAUUGGAGCCAAAAGCCAAAUUUAAGAUAUAAACCAGCUGUUCUGCUUGGUGGUAGCCAACUAUCUUCGCAUAUUGCACACUCUAAUAAUGUGCUUGGCAAUGAGAUUGGCAAGGUAAAUGAAGAGAAUUUAGCGACCAUCCAAGCUGAUAUUGCACGACAGCACUUUCACAGUCUAACAUAUGAUUAUGCCUAUGGGCGACAAACAAUAAUCAAUCUGUUAAAUCAGAAGGGUAUGGAAUAUCCUUUGGGACAUGCUUAUGCUCUAGCCACUUUGCCUUUGAAUGAAAAGGAAGUCAAAUAUGAAAGUUUUGAUUUCCAUCGAGAAUGUGGUUCAACUCGUUGGGAUCGUCUUGGUAUGUUAUUGGAAAGACUUAUACCGGAAUUGUUAAGAUCAGGGCAAUUUCAUUUGGAUAUGAAUAAUUCUGCAACAAUUGUCAGUCGUCAAACUGGGACAUUUCGUUCAAAUUGUAUUGAUUGUUUAGAUAGGACAAAUGUAAUUCAAUCUAUGCUGGGUUGGUGUGCAUUAGAGGAGGCUGUCAUCAACCUUGGUCUCUUGCAAGGUUCAGUUUCGCAAACAGCUGAUGCAAGUACUACCUCACCACUGUCUCAUUUGUGGCCGGGAUUUGGAUUUCGUUUUAAAUCGAUUUGGGCUGAUAAUGCAGACUAUUGUUCACUUCAGUAUACAGGGACACGUGCUUUAAAAACAGAUUUCACGAGGACUGGUAAAAGAACCUUCUACGGUAUGUUGAUGGAUGGUUAUCAUUCUGCAAUUCGAUAUUAUUUGAAUAACUUUAAUGAUGGAUUUCGUCAAGAUUCAAUGCAUUUACUACUUGGUCAGUAUAAAGUAUGCGAUUCCAAUGGUAACCCGAAACCAUUGCAUGGACCAGGUGGACUUCGACGUCGUCGAGGCACUUCUGACUCUGAAUGGUUUACACAAUUUCUGCCGCUGAUAUUUAGUUUCACAUUGGCUAUGUCGGUAUUAUGUUGUAUCUUUCCUACAGCUCAUUGGACAGAAAAAGCCACAUAUGUACUCUUCUGGGGAGGAGCUUCCAUCCUUUCAGCUUUUGCAAUAUUCACCUAUGGUGAGGAAUUUGUUGAUCGCCCACGAUUUUGUCCAGAAUGAAAAUAUACAAUCUUAGUUUCAGAUGGAAUAAUGAAUUAAAUACACUAGGAACAUGUUGUGUACUGGAUCCUGUUCGAUUUUUUUCUGAUAAAAAGACUUUCUUACGAUCAAAUUAUACUACUGACUGGUUUGUGAGGUCUGUACUGCUGUUUUUUGUGUACACGACUUAUUCAGCCAGUUCUUACUGACUACUCUCUUUGUGAUAAGUGAAAAGUUUGUCAGCUUGUGUUUAUUUCCUUUUGAUUUCUGUCUUGUUAAUAUUCUGCAUGAGUUGGUGAUGGUAACUUUCAAUUGGAAACGAUACCUUCUUUUCGUAUGCACAGUUGUAACCAUUUUAUCUCAAAUCAUGUUACUUGCUAUCUAUAUCAGUAGUGUGAUAGUGAUAUUUGACUGACUGACGCUUGAUACUUUGUUGAUACGGAGUCUGCAGCUAGUUUUCUAGUUGACACUGUUUUUUCUAAAGGUAACAAUUUGUGAUAUGCAUUAAUGAUGAUAAUAAUAAUAAUAAUAAUAAUAAUAAUAAUAAUAAUAAUAAUAAUGGUAAUAUUACGUCAGUUUAGCGUGCUUCUUUCUCUUGACAUAUUUGAAUAGAUAUUUUCUU